CGACCGCUGCCUCCGGCCCCUCGGGUGUUUGUCUGCUCGCCUCGCCUGCCACUCCUGGCCCCACCCCACCUGCUCUUGUCGCCCCCCGUCUGCUGGGCUGGCUGAGCGGCAACUCGCCUCUUUCCUCCGGGUCGCUUCUACCGCCGCCCUCCGCGCAUCUGUAUAUACCUCGGUCAUCCAGCUCAUACGCAUCUAUUUGUCGCAUCCGUCUGUGUUCCCAUUACCCCUCCCUCUGGCUCGGCCGCCUCCUCUUCCCAUCUCCACCACCACUGCUCUGUCUGGAUCACUCUAUUCCGUCGCCCCUCUCUCGCCUUCGCCAGGUCCUCGAAGGCCUCUGACUUGCUCCGGUGGCCUCGGGUCCUUCACUCUGUCUCGUCUGGAUCAUAAGCAGCUGCGAUUGCUUUCCAAAGUCCCUUCACCUUAAUGCAUUUGCUGGAUCAGGCAUCUACAGACCCCUGUCCUUUGCUACCUUCCAUCGAUUGUUCCCCUUUCUAUCCGCACUCCCUCAAGCGUCGCCACCUGGCUUCGAACGUCCUGUACAUCAAGGACAUCGAAUCUUGCUUGAAUUUUACGCACUCGUACCUGCCCCAAACCCAUCCUCUGUACUCGUCGUGGUUCGACCAGCAGCCGCGUCCCUCUCUGCCAGUCGCCUCCUUCCACCCGACCCAGCGCAUCCGCCUUUCCGAAUCGACGGUUCUUGGACUCUUGCAAUCAGGCUCCACCUCAAAGAGACUACUUUCGACGGGUCUUGCUCUCCUCACCCAUCCCGAUCUUAGCAAAGAGGCUCUCUUAAUCUGUAGAAACUUUCUUACCACCUCGGCUAGUAUCGAGAUCCGAGACGAUUCGGCCUAUAGCUCGCUCCAUCUCGGUGUCUUUUUCAUCAUCGUAUCGUCCAAUCUGGGCUUGAUCCCAAAGCACUCAUCUCCUCGCCUGGACUCUUCUGACCGAUUUUCAUUGAUCGAAGCUGCAUCCAAAAUGUCGGAAAUCGAUGCGAACGUUAGCAUAUCCAAGCUCCUGCAGGACUUGGGAUAUGUCUCCACCUAUUCCGAUGACUCUCUCCAGUCCGUUUUCCAACACGCCGGAAUAUCCACCUCGAACGCCAGCGAAACUUUUUCUGAAUCGCACAUCGCAUCCGUCCUGAGAAUGAUGGCGCAAACCGUCGAUGGGCUUUCAUCCGAUCUCUCGCUGGCAUCGACUAUCAUUGCUGACCUGCCGGACGAAGCCCCGUCCACAUGGGACGCCAGCCGCGUCAUUACCAACGCGGUCUCUCUCGGUGUCGACAUUGACUGGAUAAAGCUGGGCCGUGCGCUUGAUUCUCCCGAGUUGGAUAGUGUAUCGCCAGGCGGAUAUAACCUGAUUGUGAAUGCCAUCAGAACCGGCGUUGGGGAUUCCUCCGAAUUCCCUCUGGCAGCGUUUCUGGAACCCUGGGAGAAUCCCCAGGCACAGUUUGGCUUCCUCAAAGAGCUCAUUGAGAACCACCCUGUUCUCGUCACCAUGAAUAAGCUCCCUCUGCGCAAAGCGAUUGUCUUUGAGGCCCUGCCCGUUGCUUUGCCCUUCAGUACCAACUCGAUCUGGAAUAGCGUGGAUGUCGUUGAGAGCCUUUGCCGGCUCUCGGCUGUGGAGGCAGAUGGACUAUCAGAGCAAGUCAAGCUGGUUCUGGACCAGGCCGCGACCCAAUCGCCCGAAGUGCUCCUGAUUGCUCUCUCCCAGAUCCCUCCACCAUGGACAACUCUGACCAAGGAUUUCAGCUCCAACCUGGCCUUGAUGUUCCUGGCCGGACAUGUGAAUUCUGCGGCGGUGCUGCCGCGUGUCUGGCAAGCGUCGCAGUCCCUGGUCAUCAACGGGUUGCUGCUUCUGUACUCGAAGGACCCGGCACUCUUGUCCCGGAUCCUGGACGUGACCCAGGAGACCAAGUCUCUGUCGCAAGUUUUGGAAACAAAGUCCUAUCCGUUCGCACUGGAUUUGGCCUCGCUCGCUUCUCGCCGGGACUAUCUCAACUUUGAAAAAUGGCUGCUCGACCACAUCCGUGAGGACGGGGAUCUCUUCGUCCGCGCCUGUCUGGAGUUCCUCAACGAAAAGUUCACGAUCCAGAGCAUGAGGCAGGAGGGCAGCACCCAUCCGCCCGUCUCUGUCCCUCUCUCGGUCGAGGUAGUGACGACCUACUUCCGGGUCCUCAGCUCGCUGAGUGCCAUGUCUCCUGAAAACGCCGAGAUAUUCCGAAACGUGUUCAGUCUUGGCGCUCAGCUGUACCCCCGCAUUGUGCCUCUUGCCGCACCGCCCGAAGAGUCGAUUGUCCCCGGCGGCUCUCUGGAUGCCAGCACUUUCUCCCCCGAUGUCGAGGACGAGACAAGCUCCUAUUACAACCGCAUUUUCAAGGGCGAUAUGUCGAUCCCGCAGACAAUCGACCUGCUGCAGGGCCUGAAGGGCUCGGCGAACCCGCGCGAUCAGGAGGUGUUCAAGUGCAUGAUCCAAAACCUCUUUGGCGAGUACAAGUUCUUUGCCGAGUACCCCGACAAGGCGCUGCUGAUCACCAGCUGCCUGUUUGGCUCGCUGAUCCGGCACCAGAUUGUCAACUCGAUGGCCCUCGGCAUUGCCUUGCGCUAUGUGCUUGACGGCCUGCGGCAGCCCAUCAACUCCAAGCUCUUCACCUUUGGAAUGAACGCGCUACUGCAGUUCGAGAGUCGGCUGGCCGAGUGGCCCCAGUACUGCGGUCUGCUGGUUCAAAUCCCCCAUCUGCACGAGCGAUAUCCCGAUCUGAUCCAGCGAAUCAGCACGUUGUCCAAUCCUGCCAAUGUCGUUCCCGGUGGAAUCACGGAUCUCACUGGCCAGCUGAUGGACACCAAAGCCAAGGACGAGCUGCCCAAGGACAUUGCAAAUGGCAUCGCUGCCGAUCAGCCACCGGAGGAGCCGGUGGUGUUCACUGCCCUGCGGAUCGAGUCCCUGAUCAUCAACAGCGAGCAGUUCUCGGAGGUUCCGCCCGAAGCCGUCCAGGACAAGAUCCUCUUCAUCGUCAACAACAUUGUCGAGUCCAACAUGGAAGAAAAGUAUACCGAAAUCCGUGAAUAUUUGCAUGAGCGGUACUUUCGGUGGUUCAGCCACUAUCUCGUUGUGAAGCGCGCCUCGAUUGAGCCCAACAACCACAAGCUCUACAUCCGCUUCCUGGACUAUCUGGCCUGUCCUCUACUUGACCGCCACAUUCUGCUGGAGACCUAUUCAAACAUCCGUGUCUUGUUGAACUCGGAGAAGACCGUCACAUCCUCCUCCGAGCGAACCCUGCUCAAGAACCUGGGAUUCUGGCUCGGCGGCGUCACGCUGGCCAAGAACAUUCCCAUCAAGCACAAGCAUCUUGCCUUCAAGGAUCUUCUGCUCGAGGGAUACGACCACAACCGCCUGAUUGUCGUCAUUCCGUUUGUCUGCAAAGUUCUGGAGCAAGUCAUGUACAGCACCGUCUUCCGACCGCCCAAUCCGUGGUUCAUGGCGAUCAUGAAGCUUCUUUCGGAGCUUUAUUACUUUGCUGACCUGAAACUCAAUCUCAAAUUCGAGAUCGAGGUGCUGUGCAACAAGCUCGGCAUCAAGUUGGAUAUCAAAGAAAUCACACCCACGUCGCUUCUCGAGGGCCGCCCGAUCCGCUCGGGCCAGGCGGCUAUGCCAUACACUGCGCCUCGGCCCAACGGUGCAAGUGCUGCUCCACUCGAUUCUGCCGUCCCUCGGGCGCCCACCAGCACUGGCUCAGCCAUCCCCGAUGCACCCCAGAUGAGCAACGCGGAGGAGGAGAGCGCGGGUGGAUUCCCACAUCUGGCUGCCUACAUUACUCUCAAUCAUGGCGCCGGCUUCUUCAACCUGCCCGAGGCGACGCUCAAGCGCAUCGUUUAUAUUGCGAUGGAUCGGGCCAUCCGCGAGAUCAUCCUGCCGGUUGUGGAGCGCAGCGUCACGAUCGCAAGCAUUGCGACGCGCGAGUUGGUCGUCAAGGACUUUGCCUUUGAGCCGAACGAGGAUAAGAUGCGCAAAGCCGGUCACAUGAUUGUUCAGAACCUUGCUGGGAGCCUUGCGUCUGUCACCUGCCGCGAGCCGCUGAAAAUGAGCAUGAUGCAGAACAUGCGUCUCCUUCUCGCCCAGGCUGGCUUUGCCGAGCAAAGCGUCCCCGACCAGGCCAUCUAUGUCACGGUCGCGGACAACUUGGAUCUGGCAUGCUCCGUCAUUGAAAAAACGGCAGCCGAGAAGGCCAUCCCGGACAUCGACGAUGGGCUCAGCGCCGCGUAUCAUAACCGCCGGAAGCAUCGUGAGCGCUCGACGCAGCCCUACUAUGAUGUGGCUGUGUAUACGUCGUCUCGAUACUUGGCCUCGCUGCCCGACAUGCUUCGACCAAAGCUCGGCGGUCUCACCCCUCAGCAAAUGCGCGUGUACGAAGAGUUCGCUCGGCCCCUUCCUCGCGCGUUUGCGCCUGCUCAGGGCAUGAGCCCGGCGAGCAUGCGUCCCCAGCAGCACGUCAGUGCUGUGCCUGUCGUGGAUACGUACACGGCCAGCGCUCCUUACGAUGAUGUGGCCCCGCUCAAUGCCCAGCAAGCCCAGGAGAGAUUCUCGACCAUGAUUGCCGAGCUCAGCAAAAUCAUCAUGCAAACGCCAUCAGCCUCUCUGGGGUCGUUCCCCGCACAUCAUGAUAUUCGCCUGCUCUUGCGACAGAUCCCGCACAUCGUCGUUCAGUCAUACGAACGCGAUCAAAUCGCCCUGGUCUUCUCCCAGAAGGUGGUCCAGCUUCUCUACAAGAGCGACUCGAGCCUUUCGCGCGAGGUCAACAUCUAUCUGCUGGAGAGGCUGUGCGAGCUAUCGAAGCGAGUCGCAAAGGAAGUCAGCGCCUGGCUGCUCUACGCAGACGACGAGCGAAAGUUCAAUGUACCUGUUACCGUGGCGCUGAUCCAGCAGCGCAUGCUCAACACGGGCGAGCUCGACGUGCAGCUGUCGCGAUUCAUCGAGUCCGGCCGCGCCACCGCCAUCGAUUUCACUGCCGAACUCAUCCGCGUUUGUAUCGCCGACGACUCUGCCCCUGUUGCAACCUACCACGACUUUUUCUCGUCCAUCGAUGCCCUCUACAAAAGCCAGCGCAGCAAAUCGUCCGAAAGCGUGUCGCGGCUCAUGGCGGAACUGCAGAAGCGAGGCGCCAUCUCGAAGGAGUUCGCGCCAGAGGACAGCGAGACCCUCCGGCUGCGUGAGCAGUUCACAAUGCUGUUCACCGAGUGGGUGCGCCUGUAUCACUUCCCUGGCUCCAACGACAAGGCUUCCGCCGCCUUCAUUACGCAGCUGCAGCAGCAGGGCAUCCUCAAGAACGACGACCUGUUCUACCUGUUCUUCCGUGUCUGCACCGAAGUCAGCGUCGAGAGCUACAUCAAGAACCGCUCGACCAACGGCUCGCACCACUUGGCAUACCAGGGUGUCGACGCUCUCGCUCGCAUGAUCGUGCUACUUAUCCGCGAUCAGGAAGUGCCCGCGUCUGGUGCCGGCAGCGUCAACACCGGCCGCCUGGCGCUGAUGACCAAGAUCCUCUCGAUCAUCGUCCUUGUCCUCGUCCACAGCCACGAGCAAAGAAGAAACCACUUCAACCAGCGACCUUUCUUCAGACUAUUUUCGAUGUUGUUGAACGACAUCAAUGUGUUUGAGUCGCAGUUCCAAGUCAUUUCGUUCCAGAUCCUGUCUGCUAUGAGUAAUACGUUCCAUACCCUGAGGCCACAGUUCCUCCCAGGCUUCGCCUUCUCCUGGCUGCAACUGAUCUCGCACCGCUUCUUCAUGUCCAGACUGCUUCUGGCGGAGAAUCAAAAGGGCUGGCCGUUGGUCCAGAAGCUGCUGGUGGACUUGUUCAUGUUCAUCGGCCCUUUCCUCAAGCAGAACGAGCUGACCGAGACCAUCCGGCUGCUGUACAAGGGCACGCUGCGAGUGCUGUUGGUUCUACUGCAUGACUUUCCCGAGUUCCUCUGCGGCUAUCACUUCAGCUUUGUCGAUGUGAUCCCUCACUCUUGCAUCCAGCUGCGAAACCUGAUCCUCAGUGCCUUCCCGCGGAACAUGCGUCUGCCGGACCCCUUCACGCCGAAUCUCAAGGUCGAUCAGCUGCCCGAGGUUCACCAGCACCCUCACAUCAUGUCCGACUUCACUGCAAACCUGCUCCCCAACAACUUCAAGCAGGAGAUUGAGACCUAUCUCAAGAACCGCUCCCCUACGUCGUUCUUGAUUGACCUGCAGAGCAAGCUGCUGCGGACGACCCCGCCCAGCGCCUCGGAUCUGGACAGCAGCCGAUACAACAUCCCGGUGAUCAAUGCUCUCGUCCUCCUGGUGGGCACCCACGCCAUCGCUUCUCUGGCCGGCAAGCAGUCCGUUAUUGUCAGCCAGCAAUUCACCGCCGGUGCGCCCCUGGACAUUUUCCAGCAUCUGGCUGCAGAUCUGGAUACCGAAGGCCGAUAUCUUCUCUUCAGCGCCAUUGCCAACCAGCUGCGGUACCCCAACAGCCAUACCCACUAUUUUAGCUGUGUGAUGCUGUUCCUGUUUGCCGAGGCCUCGGAGGAGAUUAUCCAGGAGCAAAUCACUCGCGUCCUCCUGGAGCGUCUCAUCGCCAACCGCCCCCACCCCUACGGCAUCCUGGUGACCUUCAUCGAGCUGCUCCGCAAUCCGCGCUACAGUUUCUGGACACACUCUGGCUUCAUCCGGUGUGCUCCGGAGAUUGAGCGGCUCUUCCAGACGGUUGGCAAGUCGGUCUUUAGUGCCUCGAACUACCAGCAGCAGCAGCAGUAGACGUGCUCGUUCCUCGACCACGCCGGGACCUGCCCCGCCCGGCGGCCAGCGAUCUGAAGCGAUCCGCCCCGGAGAGAGGGGAACUGCGAGGCCCCGCUCCAUGAAUGAGAUUGGAUGACUCGAUGAUACAAACGGGACACCCUGUUUUCGAAGGCACUGGUCGUUCUUUUUUUUUCAAAUAUACAUACGUUCACUCUUGCA